AUGGAUAAGAGCUUCUUAUUCGUCGAUAGCACCCAUGUUGAUAGUACCACAAGGAAGUCGAUUCGAAGACAUGUGAUGAAUGGUAAAAAUGUCGGAAAGACACAUCGCCGGUCCUCGAGAUUCGACUUAGUUCGACGAACUCCAUAUAAUUAUGACAACAGAACAUUUGGACGUUCCCCUCGUGCUUCAGCUGAGAAUGCAACAAAUGCCAUUCAGAGUGUUCCCUGUCCUGUUGCAAACCAUAAAAAUCUGGGAAAUUCGUUACUGAGUCUCUCGUUUCCUAUGGAGCUUACAUCACACUCAUUGAAGGUUAUCAACGAGCAUUUUAUAUACGUGAUGGACAAGUUGUACCCUUGCCAGCUCGGUCUCUCAGCCGACGAGAGCAAAUACACGUGGCUUCGAGUUCUGCUUACGGAUGAUGCUGCAUUUUUAUGCACCAUGGCUCUUUUAGAAGCAACCAAUGAGUUGUUCUUACGCGGGGGCGUUAGUUCAACGAAUGCUCUUCGGCAUCUCUCCCGAUCAUUAGCACUACUGAAGAGAAGACUCGAGAGCGAGAACGCCAUGUCGGAUUCUACAUUGGCAAUUAUUAUCACGCUAAUACUUCAUGAGCAAAUCAGGAAUGGGCUACGAGAAUGCAAAAUUCAUUAUGAAGGCCUAAAACAACUGAUCGAGUUGCGUGGCGGUCUCGACCAAUUCGAGAGAAACCUCACUUUGGUGCUGAAGAUUUGCAAGUAG